AUGUGUCAUCCUGCAGAAGGAGAGAACACCUUCGAAAAUUGGAAGGUGAUAUUCGGCGUUGCAGAGGAGUACGAGCAUAGAAAGACACCUAUGCGGGAAUCUGAAGUCAUUCGUCGAAGCGGAGCCUUUCAGGAUCUAUGCUCUCGUAAAGCAGUACAAGCUGAGGGUGAUUGCUCAAAGGCUGGAAUACGCUUCAAGAACCAGUCAAAUGGUUGGUACCUGGAACCAGAAAACAUGACGGGAGGCGAUCGCCAGCGACUGCAAGACUAUCAUCGCAGGUACGAGGACCUUGCUGGUAGCCUUUAG